AUGGCUUCAUCACCGGCGAUCCUUCCCAUCUCAAACCAACAGACCAUUUCCACCGGUGAAUCCCAGGCGCCCGUUUCCACCCCUGCAGUCCGUGCUUUUAUCAACACCAUCACUGAAAACGUCCGAUCUGGACUCUCCAGUCGCCGUCCAUGGUACGAACUCGUCGACCGCUCAGCGUUCUCCAAACCUGACUCCAUAACCGACGCCGCUGGCCGGAUCCGAAAGAACUACUCUUACUUCCGUGUCAACUAUAUCACCGUCAUCGCCGCUGUCCUCGGUUUCUCUCUCCUCACAAAUCCUUUCUCUCUAAUCAUCCUCGUUGGCCUCCUCGCCGCCUGGCUCUUCCUCUACCUCUUCCGUCCCUCCGAUCCGCCGUUGGUGAUCUUCGGCCGUACAUUCUCCGAGCGUGAAACCCUAGGCCUGUUGAUUAUCUCGAGCAUCGUCGUGAUCUUUCUCACAAGUGUCGGAUCUGUACUGAUCUCCGCGUUGCUUCUUGGAACGGCGGUUGUUUCCGCUCAUGGUGCUUUCAGGACUCCAGAAGAUCUAUUCCUUGAUGAACAAGAGCCUGGUGCUUCCACCGGAUUUCUCUCGUUCCUUAGCGGCGCCGCCUCCAGUGCGGCCGUUUCUGCCGCGCCAGUGGUUGCUGCUGCUCGUGUCUGA